CUCUACUGAAAAAAUAAAAAUAAAAGCCCAUUACAUAUACAUACAUAGAGCUACUAGUCAUCACUUAGAUGAAAAAAAAAACAACAAUAAUAUCCAUCCAACGAAUGGUGGAAAAUGAAAGGAAAACAAGUGGGAUGGGAUAAAUCACAAGCUGAUAAAUGGACUUGGAUUGACAAAUGCCACACCUAUAUUAACACAUCCAAUUCCAAUUGGCUCUUUCUUGACCACCGAGAGCAAAGAAGAUGGAUUCUUUCUCCUUCUGUUUCUUAAUCUCCCUUAUCUCCAUUUUCAUAACCCUCCGCCGUCUGAUUACAACGAGAAGAAACCCCAAGCUUCCCCCCGGACCAACACCCCUUCCCAUCAUCGGAAACCUAUUGGAUCUUGGACACAACCCCCACCAAUCUCUCGCCAAACUUGCCAAGUCUUAUGGUCCAAUUAUGUCGUUAAAGCUCGGCCAAGUCACCGCCGUCGUCGUAUCAUCACCGGAGACGAUCCAACAAGUCCUUCAAACACAUGACCAUGUCUUAUCAUACAGAGCUGUUCCCGAUGCGCUAUCGGCUUACGACCAUGGUCAACAAGGACUCCCAUGGAUUCCCAUUUUCCCAACUUACAAAAACAUUAGAAGAAUCUUCAACAACUAUCUUUUAUCUCCAAAGACUCUCAACACCAGUCGAAAUCUCCGCCGUAUGAGAAUAGACGACCUUGUUGAUAACGUUCGACGAAGCGCAGUGAAUGGCGAGGCGGUGGACAUUCGAGGAGUUGUGUUUGCGACGACGCUUAAUUUGAUAUCGUAUUCGAUUUGGUCUAUGGAUUUGGUGGACCCAAAUUCUAAAAUGGCUAAAGAAUUCGAGGAAACAUUGAGAGGAAUCAUUGAAGAAGCUGGAAGAGCCAAUAUUAGUGACUUUUUUCCGGUGCUGAAGAAGAUGGAUAUUCAAGGUGUAAGGAGACGCAUCACCGUUCGUUUAGGAAUAAUGUUGGAUUUGAUUGAUGAGACGAUUGAUCAACGGCUGAAGAUGCAGGAAUCGCCUGAUUUCACACAACAAAAUGAUAUGCUACAUCAUCUACUCAACACGAGGGAGGACAACAACGAGAUCCCUCUUGAUAGAAACCAAAUCAAACAUUCAAUAUUCGUCUUGUUUAUUGGAAGCACAGAAACAACUGCAUCAGUAGUAGAAUGGGCAAUGGCACAUAUUUUAAGAAAUCCAAAAGUUAUGUGGAGAGCCAAAGAAGAGAUGUUUCAAGUGAUAGGAAAAGGGAAUCCAAUUGAGGAAUCACACAUCGAGAAGCUUCCAUAUUUACAAGCAAUCAUAAAAGAAACCUUACGGAUGCAAUCUGCACUGCUUCUUCCUCGUAAAACCGAAUCAGAGGUCAAAAUUUCAGGCUUCACAAUCCCAAAGGGCACUCAAAUAAUUGUCAAUAUGUGGGCUUUAGGUAGAGACUCGAACUUAUGGGAAAAUCCAGAUUUGUUCAUGCCAGAGAGGUUCUUGGAUUGUGAAGUUAAAAGAAGAGAUUUUGAGUUCAUUCCAUUUGGUAGUGGGAGGAGAAAUUGCCCUGGUCAGCAUUUAGCAACGAGGAUGUUGCAUUUGAUGGUGGGUUCUUUUGUUCAUUGGUUUGAUUGGAAGCUUGAAGAUGGAGUCACACCACAGAAUUUGAAUAUGGAUGAAAAUUUUGGUAUUACUUUGGAGAAAGCUCAACCUUUACGAGCCGUGCCUCUUCUUAUAUAAACAAAACUCCUAAUUAAUUACAUUCUUUUUCUUUUAAUGUUAAUAGAAUAUAGCUCUGUAUUAGGGGACAUUGCAACUUCAAUUAAAAAAAAAAAAAUUGAAAAUUUAGAUCGUGUCCCUAGUUUUUGUUUUUUUGCAAACAUGAACAAUCGCACAUAUGCGGCCAUGAUUCAUUGACUUUCUCCUUAAA